AUGCGGAGAGCUGCCCGUCUCGGCUCCGGGGCCGCUGCUGUGGUGCCCCGGUCUCGGAGUUGGGGUUUGACGUCUCGGCCGGGUUUCAUCAACAAUUAUAAGAAAGCUCAAAGCAACAAUGGCCAACAGGCAUCAUUUCACAGCAGACCAAAGUUAGAUUCGGCUGCCGAGGCGACGGUGAUUGGUGGCCCUUCACCUCUGCCUGAGGUUGAGUUGCCAGAUAUCCCAGAGACACCGACGAAGAAUAAGAGGGUGACUAUUGGCGAGAUUUUGGAGAGGAGGAGGAGGGCAGGGAGGUUGGUGGCCCCGACGGCGGCGGGGUGUGAUUCAGGGGUUUUCAAGGGGGAUGUAAGUGCCACUCAUGAACCGUUAUUUAUUGUCAAGCUGACAUAG